UUUCCUUUACGUCAAUUAUAUUUAGAAAUUUCUUAUUCAAGUUCUCGUGAAUAUAUGGAUGCUGAAAUUUAUAAAUUAGCUUCAUCUUUACCUUAUACUUUAGAAAAUCUUUAUUUAAAAUGUCAUAUCACUCCUGAUUAUUUGGAUAUUUUAUUAAAUAGAUCUCGUCCAAAUAUUAAAUCUUUAUGGUUAUAUAAUGUAUCUGAUUAUUAUAUGGAUUAUUUAAAAAUAUUAUAUCAUUAUUCUUUAGUACAAAAUAAUCGUUUAAAAGAUGUUAGAUUUAAUUGGAAUAGAUCACUUAAUAAUAGUAGAAGGAAUAGAAGAUCAAGUAGUGUAACAAGUUGUGAUGAUGAAGAAUUUAAAAAGACUGUUUCUAAACAUUUAAAAGAUGCUAGACAAAGUAUUUUAAAAGAGAAAAGAAAAGAAAAGAAAGAAUCUUUUGAUAAUAAUAAGAAUCCUUUUAUUAUAAGUGAAGUAAAAAAUCAUAUUUUUAGUUAUCAUGAUAAAGUUUUUGAAAGAAAAUUGAGUGAUUAUAAAGAUCAUUAGUGAUUUGGUAGAGAAAAAAAAAAAAAAUUUAUUUUAUGUAUAAAAAAGAUUAUUUGUAUUUAGUUUUUUCAGUCAUUUUUUUUUUUCACUUCAUCCAUUAAUCAUCAAUCAAUGUAUCAAAAUGUAUUUUUAUUUUAUUUAUUAUCAUCAUAUUAUAGUAUUACUAUACUGUAA